GUGUUGAACGAGGUUGUUAUAGACCGAGGACCAUCUCCUUAUCUCUCCAAUAUAGAUCUCUACCUUGACGGCAAGCUCAUCACAUCGGUUCAGGGUGAUGGUUUGAUUGUCUCUACCCCCUACUGGAAGUACAGCCUAUGCUGUUGCUGCUGGAGCAAGUAUGAUACAUCCCGCUGUCCCAGCAGUCAUGGUUACUCCUAUCUGUCCUCACUCUCUCUCGUUCCGUCCUAUCGUGGUUCCUGCCGGGGUAGAGCUCAAGAUCUCCGUCAGCCCCGACAGCAGGAACACGGCGUGGGUCUCCUUCGACGGGAGGAAGCGACAGGAACUGUGUCAUGGUGACAGCUUGAGGGUUAACACCAGUAUCCAUCCGAUUCCAUCGAUCUGCUCACAGGAUCAGAUCAGUGACUGGUUCGAUUCCCUGGCCGAGUGUGUGCACUGGAACGUGAGGAAGAAGCAGAAGCAUCUCGAUGAGUUGACCGAUCUGAGCGGUGGCCAGGCCGAGGAGGGUCGGUAGAAGUACAUGAAGAAGGUCAUAAUGUUCUACGUUCAAACUUUAUGCAACAAUAAAAUCAAGUGCCAAUAAUUUUACGAGAAGAUUUGCAUUCCGUCUUUCAAGCAGCUUGCGCAUACAUUUUUUCCCUAAAUUGUGAUAUAGGGUGGCUAGAAAAUGUAUCAUAAAACGCACUAAUAGAAUAUCACAUUUUCUUGACCACCUGUUUAUAUAUCGACCGGUGUACUUUAUGUACCCUGAACAAUAAACAUAUUUGAAUAUUUAUAUAUGUAAACCCGUAUGACUGUAAAGCUCAAAAUGGUCCUGAGCUGUUUACACUGUAGAAUGAUAUCACUAUUCUAUAUUUGAAUAAUGAACCCGUUGUAACGUGCAUGGAAUCACGUUUACUAUGAAAACUGAAUCAUAUUUGAUUUGAAUGAACCUUAUGAAUAAAUGGAAUUUACAUUGCA